AUGGCGGCGGAGGGUCCCCCGAAGGAGCUCUGCGAGGAAGCUUCUUGCUUUAUCUGCCUGGACUUCUUCAGGGACCCGGUGACCAUUGCGGAGUGCGGCCACAGUUUCUGCCGAGGCUGCCUGGCCCGCAGCUGGGGGGCGUCGGGGGCGGAGGCUUCCUGCUGCCCCCAAUGCAGAGGGAGAGCGCAGGAGGGGACCCUCCGGCCAAAUCAGCAGCUCGCCAACUUUGUGGAAGUAGCCAAGAAACUCAGUCCUCAGGAGGGAAGGGGGCAGAAGCGAAGGAGGGGGGUCUGCGAGAAGCACCAGGAGCCCCUGAGGUUUUUCUGCAAGGAGGACGAAGCCCCCCUCUGCGGGGUCUGCCGCAGAUCCGAGGAGCACCAAGACCACCAGGUGAUCCCUCUGGAGGAGCCUGCCGGAGAGAAGAAGAUAAUUGUGGCAGCCAGAAAGGAGAGAGUUUGCCAGAAGCACCAGGAACCGCUGAAGCUCUUCUGCAAGGAGGAUGAAGCCCCCAUCUGUGUGGUCUGUGACCAGUCCCAGGAGCACAAAGAUCAUGAAAUCAUUCCUGUGGAGGAGGCUUCCCGAGAGUACAAGGGUCAGUUCUGCAAUUGUCUGGAGAUUCUGCAGUUGGAGAGAAAAAAAAUUCUGCUGUUUAAAGCCAAUAUAGUGAAGGAAAGCCAAGACCUGCUGAAGCAAACUAAAGGAGUGCAGCAGAAGACAGUGAACAAGUUCAGGCAACUACACACGUUUCUGGAAGAACAAGAGAAACUUUUACUGGCCCAGAUGGAAGAUGUGGAGAGGGAGGUGGCAAGAAACAGGGACCAGCACCUGGCCAAACUGUAUGAGCAACUUUCCUAUCUGGACAGCCUCAUCCGGGAGAUGGAAGAGAAGUGUCAGCAGCCGGCCAGUGAACUCCUGCAGGAUGCCUCAAGCACUUUGCAGAGGUAUGAAGAAAAAGAGGUGUUUGAGGAUCGAGUGGCUUUUUCUCUUGCACAGAAGUGGCGCAUCUUGGACUUCUCUGAUCUAAAUUUCUUUUUGGAGGGCAUCAAGAAGCAAUUCAAAGGCACUCUGAAUUCUGGACUUCACCUGCAGAAAGCAGCAAAUGUAACUCUGGAUCCACACACAGCCCAUCCCAAACUCGUCCUGUCUGAAGAUCAGAAAAGCAUGAGGCUAGGAGAAAAAGCUCAAGCUCUACCCAGCGAUCCUGAGAGAUUUGACAACUAUGGUGCUGUGCUGGCCCAUGAGGGAUUCACAGCAGGCCGCAAUUUUUGGGAAGUCCUUAUGGGAAGUGAGGAUGGCUGGACUGUGGGGGUGGCCAGAAAGUCUGUGAGGAGGAAGGGAAACUUCACCUCCAGUCCUGAAGAAGGAAUCUGGGCUGUGGGGAAGUGGGGGGGCCACUACAAGGCUGCCAUGAAAGAUGAAUACCCUCCCCUGUCCCUGAGUGGGCACCUCAAGAGGAUCCGAGUCUGCCUGAACUACGCUGGGGGCCGAGUGGCCUUUUUCGACGCUGACCGAGGAUCCCUGAUCCACGAGUUCUCUGGAGCCUCCUUCCGUGGAGAGACCCUCCUGCCCUUCUUUCGGGUGUCUAAAAAAGGCCACCUCAAACUGUCUUCAUAAGACCAUCUCUUCACACCAGGA